UGCGGUACUCCAUUUCCCACAAAGCAGCUACAACUGUCACAACUUCCGGUCAGAGAGUCGUAUUAUUUCCGUAGAGCACAUGUUGUGGUGUCUUAUAGCACUAUAAGCUUAAGAAGGAGUUCUAAUUACUUGAUUGUAAAAUGCCAAAAGUCAAAGCAGCAAAGAAAAGUAGACAACACCAGGAAGUGAAAAGUCAAGGGAUUAUGUUCAACACUGGCAUUGGGCAACACAUUCUGAAGAAUCCCUUAGUGGUCAACAGCAUUAUCGAAAAGGCAGCCCUUAGGCCAACAGAUGUGGUUCUGGAAGUUGGACCAGGUACUGGAAACAUGACAGUCAAACUUCUGGAGAAUGCAAAAAAGGUAGUUGCUUGUGAAGUAGAUACCAGACUUGUGGCUGAACUUCAGAAGAGAGUUCAAUGCACGCCUUUGCAGACGAAGCUCCAAAUCUUAGUCGGGGAUGUUCUGAAGACAGAUCUGCCCUUUUUUGACAUUUGCGUGGCUAAUUUGCCUUAUCAGAUAUCAUCACCGUUUGUAUUUAAGCUACUGCUUCACAGGCCGUUUUUCAGGUGUGCGGUGCUGAUGUUCCAGAGAGAGUUUGCCUUGCGCUUGGUGGCCACGCCUGGAGAUAAACUCUACUGCAGGCUGUCCAUUAAUACGCAGCUGCUGGCUCGCGUCGACCACCUCAUGAAGGUGGGGAAGAAUAACUUCCGCCCUCCACCCAAAGUUGAGUCAAGUGUAGUUCGAAUAGAGCCCAAGAAUCCUCCGCCUUCCAUCAACUUCCAGGAAUGGGACGGUCUUGUCAGAAUUGCGUUUGUAAGGAAGAACAAAACUCUUAGUUCUGCAUUCAAGUCUUCUGCUGUUGAGCAGCUGUUGGAGAAGAACUACAGAAUUCACUGUUCAGUGCAUGGCAUUGAAAUCCCGCCAGAUUUCAGCAUCGGGAAGAAAAUUGAGUCUGUUCUUCAGGAGGUUGAGUUCGGUGUGAAGCGAGCUCGCUCCAUGGACAUCGAUGACUUUAUGGUGCUCCUCCAUGCUUUCAACUCUGCUGGGAUUCACUUCUCAUAGCAGGAUCUCAAAUGUAAUCAUCUCUGAGAUGUGGAGCUGUCAGUUCGCAGUUUGCAGCGGCGAGCACAUGCUUCAUGUGCAUAGGAAGAGCCUGAUUUCUGCAGGACUUAUCUGCUGUGAUGUGUUCAGCGUGGUGUCACUUUGUAUAUUCCUUUACAUUAGGAAUACAGACAUUAAUGCUCCCUAUCAUAUGGUGGCUUUUAAGGGGAGGGAAAAAAAAACUUGGGGCAUAUUAUGUAUUGUGCAUUAAAACCAGAAAGUGCUAUUUUAAACUCUUUCUGGUAAUGUCCAGAGUUGUUUUUCCAAAACACGAGGCCUGUAUUUCACCUUUCCCUUCCACAGGAAUUAUUUCAGAACGAUUACUCCCUGGUUUUAACAGCCAACGUUCACAUCUGUGUGCUAAUCCUGAAUGCCAUUUUACCCAAGUUUGAAGAAGGCCUCUACCCUCUGUGAGAUUAAUGGUCUCCUUCCCAGGACCAUUAUAUACAUCAGAGCUAAAUAUACAGCUCUGAAUUUUAAUCACCGUUGACACAACCUGAAAGAAAAAUGUGAUGGAUCAUAACUGAAAUUCUGUAGGUCUGAGAAAAAGGAAGUUUUGAGAUGGUGAAAUAUUAGUUGCAUCAGCAGCCAAUGUGUCUGAAUAUGGUAUGGUUCCCAUGGUUACACCUAAAGGAGCAAGCAUUCCAUCAUGUGUCUAAGCGUCGGUUCAAGGUUGAGUGUACAGAAAUGUUUUAUCACGUUAUCUUACCAUUGAAACAUUUGCAUGAGGAGAAAACAGUGACUAGACCUUUGUGUUGACAGGAGAUGUAACAUAUCAAUGAAUGUUUUCAGUACAUCCUAAAUCCAGUUUCCAUAUGUAAUGAAUAAAUUCAACCCUUCACCAUAAA